AUGUCUAUUACACAUGAAAAUUUAGAUUAUUCAGGAAAUUUUAAUGAUUAUAAUAAUGAUAAUGAUCGAGAUCAUGUACAUGAUUAUAAUGAUCAUAUAGAAAGUAAUAAUUUAAUUAAUGGAUAUACUACUGAUGAAAUUAAUUAUGAACAAAUGAAAAAAUGUUAUAAUUCAACUAAUCAAUUAUAUAAUAUGGAACCAGAAUUAAUUGGAUUUGUACAAAAACAUAAUGUAGUUAUGGAUGAUGGAGCAGUUAUUAAUAAAAUGGCAUUAUUAAAACAAACUAUAUUAGAUAGAAAAAAUAAAAAGAAAUUUCAACCACCUAAAUGUUUAAGUAUGAAAAUGUUUAUUAUUUUAAUCAUUUUAACAAUUGUAUUAAUACCAUUAAUUAUAAUUGGAAUAAUUAUUGGUAUUAUUUAUAUAUAUAAAACAAAUAUACCAAAUUUACCAUAUGCAUUACCAUGGUGGCGUCGUUCAUUAAUAUAUCAAAUGAAUAUUGAAACAUGGGCAAAUGAUGUACAAGGACCUAUUGGUCGAUUACAAGAUAUAAUACCACGUAUAGAUUAUUUAGUGAAUCAAGUUGGUGUUACAAGUAUAUUACUUACAAAUUUAUUAAAUUCUGAUAAUAAUGGUAUUAUUGAUUGGGAAAUAAUUAAUCAAUCCAUUGAUCCAACUGAAGAAGGAUUUAAUCAUUUUUUACCACAAUUAAUAAAAAAAUCAAAACAACAAAAAAUGAAAAUUUUAAUUGGUUUACCAAUUUAUACAACAAGUAAUAAACAUGAAUGGUAUCGUUUAAGUCAAUCAAAUAGUAAUAAUGUUUAUAGUACAUUUUAUAUAUGGACUAUUAAUGAACCUUUAACUGAUCAACAAAAACGACAUUAUGCCUAUGAUUCUAUUCGUCGUGCAUACUAUCGACAUGUACAUGGUAAUCCAAAUAGUCCAUUAUUAAAUUUAAGUAAUCCUAAUGUACAAGUGAAAAUGAUUGAAGUUAUUAAAUUUUGGAAACAAAAACUUGAAAUUAAAGGUGUUAUGAUAAUGAAUUCAAGUAAUUUACUUGAAGAAAUGGUUCCAGGUAUUAGAAAAAUCUUAAACACAGACACUGAUAAUGAAUUCAUAUGGUUCGCUGAUGAACCAAAAAUUGAUGCCAUGGUAAAUAUGGAACAGAAAGUUUGUCUACAUACACUUACACUAAAUAUUCGUGUACCAACAAGAAGUGAUGACAUAGAUUCACAAAUUCGACAAGCUAUGAAUAAUACACAAUUAAGAAAAUGUAGUCCAAUUUGGUUAGUUCAUCAAUUAAGUGAAGAUAAUAAAGAUUUUGAAACCAUUCAAAAAUUAGCAUAUUUUCUACCAGGUAGUUAUUUAAUGUUAGCUGGACAAGAGGUUGAUUUGACUAAUGGUAAUCAACAACUUAUCAAAUGGUCAUAUGAUAAUUAUUUAGAUUAUAACACUUAUUGGCCAAUUAAUAUAAAUUUAAUUAAUAAUGGUAAACAACGUUUAUAUCAAUGGAAAUUAUUUAUAGAAAAAUCAUAUAGUAUUACAAUAUUAAAUACCCCUAGUGAUAAAAAUCAAUUAAUGAGUUAUAUCCCUAAAACAACUUAUAAUUUAUUGAUUAUUUAUCGUCAUUAUAUUAAUACAAUAUAUCGUAUUUAUUUUAUAGUUAGUUUUCAAACUUUAAAUACUAUCAUACCAUUUCAAUCAAUAUUUUAUGAUAUAAGUAGUUUAUCUCAUUUAAAAUUAAUAAUCAAGUUUUAUUACUUUAUCAUUAUUAAUAACAAUACUAUUACUAUUAUUAUUACUAAUACUACUGCUAAUACUAUUACUACUACUACUACUACUACGACUACUACUACUACUACUAACAAUAAUAAUCAUAAUCAUAAUACUACGACUACUACCACUACUACUAGAAUUACUAUUGCUAAUACUACUAUUACAAUUACUAUUACUACUACUGCUACUAUCACCACUACUACUGUUAAUAAUAAUAAUAAUAAUAAUAAUAAUAAUAAUAAUAAUAAUAUCAGUACUAUUAUUAUUACCAAUACUACUGUUACUAUUAUUACUACUACUAAUAAUAUUAGUGCUAUUUUUAUUAUUACUAUUACCAUUACUACUACUACUACCACUGUUAAUAAUAAUAAUAGUAGUACUAUUAUUUUUACCAAUACUACUGUUACUACUAUUACUACUACUACUACUACUACUGAUAAUAAUAAUAAUAAUAAUAGUCGUAGUAAUUAUUCGAUUCACGAUCGUUUAUGAACUAAUAAUACAUGAUUAUACAAUGAAUCUUUUUUUUAAAAAUUUACCUAUUAAGAAAGUGGAUUUUAUGAAGAUUGUAAUGAUUUCUUUAAUAAUUGAAUUGAUAAGUUAAUUAAAGAUAUAGCAUUAUUGAAAAACUUAGAAGCAUUGGAUAGUCAUCUCAUUCUUAGUACACAUUCAUAAUCUCAUUUGUCGGGUUCAACUUUGAAAGCUUUCAAUUGGUUGAAUUUUAGGGUAUUAACAUUGUUAGCUACUAGCUCAGUCGAUUAGAGGUUAAAUAUUCAUAGACGAGACCGAAAGUGUUAGGUUGUUAUCUUGAGAGUAGGAUUAUAAAUGUUCACUACUGAAGAAGUCUCAUAUUAGGACGAAAUGGUUGUCCAAUGCUUUCAGGUGUUUUUAAAAUGAUGAUCUAGUUUUAAUUGACUCAUGAAUUCAACUAUUAAUCUUCUUUUCAAUACUUUGUAAUCUCUUCCUUUUUUUAAAUUUCUUAGUUUAUGAAUCUAAUUUCAUUGAAAUUGUACAAAUAUGAUUCUUUAUGUAAAUAGAUUAUUUAUAAAAUAAAAUAAAAGAAAC